CCAAAUUUGUUUACAUUUCAUACAAUUUCCGGGAACCAUUUCACAAAAAGAGUUAUUACUAUGAGUGGAGGACGGCAGUUUGUCAGGACUCUAGAACAAUUAGGCUACAAAGGUAAACAUGAACUUCACGAGGAAGCAUUUGAUUGGCUCUUUGAAGAGAAGGAGAUUGUCAACUUCUUGGAUUGGUUUUCAGAAAAUGUCAACAAAGACAACUUGCUAGACAAGAAGAAAGUGGACAAAUACGAAUCAAUGAAAGCGAGUGGUAAGCUGGCAAUACUAGAUGGACAGCAGUUACAGGAUGCAAUACAGGAUGACGUUAUCGCUGAUGAUGAUCUUUCCGAUGACCAAUUAAGAGAUGAAAUUCUCUGUCUGGAAAGAAGCUGUAAACACAUGGCCAGUAAGAAAGAAAGACUUAUCCAACGCCGGAAUAAGUUGAGCGUACACCAAACUAGAUUGAGUCAUAAACUUACCAAAAUGACUCAAAUUGAAUCAAAGUAUGAGAGAGAGUUAUCUCAAAAUGUAGAACAAGUACGUUGUGACAACCUACAGAUGAAUACAUGUUUAAGUAAAUUAUCCACCAACAUUCAUGACCUAUGUCAGUUGUACACUCAAACGAAUAUGAAAGCAGAUUCCACAACAAGUGAUGCCAAUUUCUUAUCACAAAUAUCUCUGAAUGAUUAUUACAAAGAGGAAGAUAAAUUUACUCAAGAAUUAACUCAGUACACCAAAAGACAAUUCUUCAAGGAUGUUAGUCAGAUUGCCAGUAGUGAUGAUCUACACAGGUAUACAUUAUUAGACAUUCAGAGUCCGACUGAUUUAAUUGUAUGCAGUGAAAGUGAAGAGGUGUUUAAAAAAGAAUGUAAAGAAUUAUUAAGAAUUCAAUCUGAGUACCCAGCUGAAAUGUACAGAAAUAUCUCUGGUCAGGUUCAGUUGCUAAGCAAUGAAGUUGCUGUUAAAUGUGCAAGACAAAAACUACACUCAUUACAACAGAGCCCAUAUACUGUUAAUGAGAGCGAACUCAGACAACAACUACAUAGCGCCAAGUCUAAGCUACAGAAUGUCAAACGAACAUCGGUUAUUUUAUAUGAGUCGCAAUUACCAAAGAUGGUGAAAGCUGUUGGUGAAGUUCAAAAGGUUAAAAUGCUGACUGGUGAUUACGAUUUGAAGAUAGCAAGACAAGAUUAUUUUACUUCUAAACAAGAGCAGGUUAUACGACAGAUGAAUGUGCAAAGAGCAAGAACAGAAUUUUUGACGAUGGCGUUCGAAGUGGAGAAGAGAAAGCACCGACAAACACACCAACUAUUGACUGGCAUUUCAGGAUUUCUGGAGAAAUGGAAUAAAUCAUUGCAAUCCAGAAUGACAAUGUUGUCAGAGCCGUGUUUGUUACCUGCCAAGACAGCGAGACAAAUCAUAGAUUCCAGAGAUAAAUUUAUUAUUAGAUUACAUAAUAUAUUAGUAGACACUCCAGACUCCUCAUUCAGGGAGCAUAAACCAAUGUUCCAGAAAUAUGAAACGCUUGUUGAUGGAGCCGAGAAAAUCGUUAGUCAGCUAUCAACAUUGGCGCUUAACACGUAUAGUAAUGAUGAUGUGCUGACCUUGUUUGAGAAAGGUUUACACAAAUGCGAAGAAGUGCUGUAUUGUGGUUCCUCCACCAAGGGAGGCUCCCCACAGUUGAGUCCACCAGACAUUGGUAAAUACAUUAGUAAUCUCAACCAAAUGUUGGAUCUACUGGAGGAAACACUUCUGGAUAUCAUGGCAUCUGUAAACUCCAAGAAAAAAACUUUACAGACCAGUCCAUUUCUGGUUUCUGAGCGUGGUCUCUUCGUUCAUUUCUUCACUGAUGCUGCCAAGUUGAGAAAAAUAUUUUCUGAUCUUUAUGCCAGAUUAGAAGCUAAACGUGUCUCGUAA